AUGGAUCAUAAAGCUGAGGAGAGAAGGCGGCAGCGCCAUAGCUUGAUUUUAUUGGAAGAAGUAAAAAGGAUGAAAGACUCAACAGAGAUAAUUGACAUUGUCCUAGUUGCAGAAGGUGAGAAAUUUCCCUGCCAUAAGGUGGUGCUGGCAGCCUUCAGUCCCUAUUUCAAAGCUAUGUUUACCUGUGGCUUGGUUGAAUGCACACAAAGAGAAGUGGUGCUGUAUGACAUCUCGGCAGAGAGUGUGUCUGUAAUACUCCAUUACAUGUACAGUGCAGAUUUGCACCUCACUAAUCAGAAUGUGCAGACUGUUGCCCUUUCUGCAUAUUUCAUGCAGAUGGAAGAUGUUUGCCGCAUGUGUCAGAAGUACAUGAUGGACCAUAUGGACGCUUCCAACUGUGUGGGCAUCUACUACUUUGCCAACCACAUUGGGGCAGAAGAUUUAUGUGAUCAAGCGAAGAAAUACUUAUAUCAGCAUUUUGCUGAAGUGAGCUUGCAGGAAGAAAUAUUAGAAAUUGAAUUCCAGCAGCUGUUGACUCUCAUAAAAUCAGACGAUCUGAAUAUUUCCAGGGAGGAGAGCAUUCUGGACCUUGUCCUUAGAUGGGUCAAGCACAGCAGAAAGUCACGGUUAGAGCACCUCAUUGAGCUCCUGAAGCAAGUGAGAUUGGUACUGGUUAGCCCUUCUUUCCUUGUGGAAGCCCGGAAAAGGAACACGAUGAUCCUGUGCAGUGCGGAAUGCAAUGAUAUGUUUGAGGAAGCGCUGAAAACCAUUGAACUAUCCCAGCACCCUUCUCUCGGCCUGCGAUACGGCAUGGAGACUACCGACCUCUUGCUCUGCAUCGGCAACAAUUCUCUCGGCAUUCGGUCAAGACACGGCAGCUACGCAGAUGCCAGCUUCUGUUACGCUCCUGCGACGCGGAAAACUUACUUCAUUUCCUCUCCAAAGUACGGAGAGGGUUUAGGAUGCGUUUGUGCUGGUGUGGUCACUGACAAAAAUGAUAUUAUCGUGGCAGGUGAGGCAAGUGCCGCCAAAAUGUCUAGGCAAAAGACCAGGAACAUCGAAAUUUAUAGAUACCACCAGCGAGGAAACCAGUUUUGGCAGAGCCUGUGCACCGCUGAGUUCCGUGAACUCUACGCGUUGGGCACCAUCCAUAACGACCUCUAUGUCAUAGGAGGGCAAAUGAAAGUGAAAAAUCAGUAUCUGGUCACAAACUGUGUGGAGAAGUAUUCCAUGGAGCAAGGCACCUGGAGAAGCACAGCACCUCUUCCGCUGCCAUUAGCCUGCCAUGUGGUGGUGACAGUGAAGAAUAAGCUCUAUGUGCUGGGUGGCUGGACACCACAGAUGGAUCUGCCUGACGAUGAGCCGGAUCGAUUAAGUAACAGAACGUUUCGGUACGACCCAGGCCAAGACAAAUGGACAGAAAGGGCGCCAAUGAAGUACUCCAAAUACCGCUUCAGCACAGCCGUAGUCAACAGUGAGAUUUAUGUCUUGGGAGGAAUUGGAUGCCUUGGUCAAGACAGAGGACAAACACGAAAAUGUCUUGAUGCAGUGGAGAUCUAUAACCCUGAUGGAGACUUUUGGAGGGACGGACCUGCUAUGCCUUCUCCCCUCCUCUCCCUACGAACAAACUCUACCAGCGCAGGCUCUGUGGAUGGGAAGCUGUACCUCUGUGGAGGAUUUCAUGGAGCAGCACGUCAUGAAGUUAUCACCAAAGAGAUCCUUGAGCUGGAUACGUGGCAGAACCAGUGGAACGUGGUGGCUGUCAAUGUCCUCAUGCAUGACAGCUAUGAUGUUUGCCUCGUUGCCAGGCUAAACCCACGGGAUCUCAUCCCUCCUCCCCCAGAUUUAGUGGACCAAUAGAAGUUCAGUGACUUUCAGUGCUUCCAGAUUCUGCAGAAACUGAAAAGUUUGGAAAGACAAAUGCUGCACUGGCUCUACAUGACAGCUGAGUCCUUCAGAGAGAAGCUGGCAACAUGUGCUUAAGGACAGGACUGCCUUUGAGCUGUGCUUCUCAGAUGAUGCUUGAUUUGCUAGUACUGAUAUUCUGGACUUCCUUGAUGGAAAGCUGAGAUUUCCAGCCUUUGUGUUUGGUUCUUCAUCUUCUACCUGGUUGCGCAAGUUCC